GUCACCCUCCAUUAAAACCCUCAGCUACUUAGCCUCUGCUGCGCGAAGGGGAGGGAGGAGAAGGACAGACGGCAACGAUGGUUCAGCGGCUGACGUUUCGUACACGCCAUAGCUAUGCCACGAAAUCCAACCAGAACCGGGUUGUCAAAACUCCUGGUGGGAAGCUUGUGUACCAAAGCACCAAGAAGAGAGCAAGUGGUCCCAAAUGCCCUGUCACUGGAAAGAGAAUCCAAGGGAUUCCUCAUCUAAGACCUGCUGAAUACAAGAGGUCUAGACUAUCCAGGAAUAGGAGGACUGUGAACCGUUCUUACGGUGGUGUCUUGUCUGGUGGUGCUGUCAGGGAGAGGAUCAUUCGAGCCUUUUUGGUGGAAGAGCAGAAGAUUGUGAAGAAGGUUCUGAAGAUUCAGAAGGCCAAAGAAAAGCUAUCGUCAAAGAGCUAAGAUGGAAAAAGUGAAAAGAAAUGUGAUUUUGUUAAUUCAUUGGGCUGAAUUAAUUUUUGACUUAGACAUGAUAGAUUGUGUUCUAAAUUAUUAUGAGGUAUUUAUUUUGAACGUGAAUGAGUAAUUUUCAUGGAUUGGAUUCUUACCAUUGGCAAGUCGAAAAUGGAUUUAGAUUCAUGCCCUGUUUGUUUGCUA